ACAAAUAUUUGAGUACACGUGGUGAUUGUUAAAAUUAUCUUUCCUAAUUCAAUUAGUGUCUGUUAGUGAAAUCAUGUCUGACGGUUCUAUUUCCACGAUGGAGUAUAAUUGGAAAGAUACUAAUAUGGCUUUAUUCGGUUCAGAUUUAGAGCGGUCUGUCAAAAAGGAAGCUGCUGAAACUGAAAAAGCAUGGCAUCCAAUAAAAUCUAUCGAAAAAUCAACGCUUUUAGUUUGGAGAAUAAAUAAAUUUAAUUUGGAGGUAGUGAAACCAGAAGACAUUGGAACAUUUUACUCUGGAGAUUCAUAUAUUGUUUUGAAGAUCGAAAAAGUUGGUGAAGAAUACAACUAUGAUGUUCAUUUUUGGAUAGGAAAAAAAAGUACUCAAGAUGAAUAUGUGACUGCAGCUUACAAAACUGUGGAGUUGGAUACAUUUUUAGAUGAUAAAGCUAUUCAACAUCGUGAAGUCGAUGGAAUGGAGUCAAAACAAUUUAAAUCGUACUUUAAGAAGUUUAGAACACUUGAAGGUGGUUAUGAAAGUGGAUUUAAUCGUGUAAGACCAAAUCAAGUUAAACCAAGGCUUUAUCACCUUCGAGAUAUUGAUUGUUCACGUACUGAAAUAAGAGAAGUACCUUGUUCUAGACAAUCAUUGAAUUCGGAUGAUGUUUUCAUAUUGGAAGUAGGAUCGACAGCAUAUCAAUGGAAUGGUAGUAAAUCAGGCAAAUACGAACGAUUUCGUGCUGGACACUUUUUAAUACAACUUAAAGGUGAACGUAAUGGAAGAUUGGCAACCGAAGUUUUAGACGAAGGUGAAAACUCACCAGAAAUGAAACAAUUUUUAGCCAGCCUACCAGAUACUGAAAUUCCUCAAAGUCCAGAAAAUGGCAAUGGGAAGAAAGCGAUCUAUCGGUUUUCAGAUAACAGUGGGAAAAUGGAAUUAUCUUUGGUAUGUGAAGAAGAACUGCCACAAUCAGCGAUUACAGAAGACGAUGUGUACUUCAUUGACACUGGGUCUUAUUUAUACGUCUAUAUUGGAGAUCAAUGUUCUAAUCAGGAAAAGAAAUAUGCUUUGUCACAUGCUCACGAUUAUUUAAAAGAAACAAAUCAUCCAUUUGCACCAAUCAGUGUAGUUAGUGGCAAUCGGAAAACAACACUAUUGAACAAUGUCUUAGAAUAGAAGAAUGCAUAUUCAACACUCUAAUUGUGAUAGUAUUUCAGUCAUUACAAAGAAACAUAUCACCAGCGAUAACAGAGAAUUACAAAUUCAUCAGUUUCGCAAUUGUUAUUUCGUUGCGUUCUUUUUUUUCUAACAAUUAUAAUUAACAUUUCAUGUUUAUUUUUA